AUGAAGCUUUUCGGGUGCCGACGCGACGCGACGCCAAACAUUAAACCAGAUCGCCCCUUCCCGUCGACGGCGCGUCAGCGCGCGCCGCGCCGCCGACGCGCGCUCGCGAUCGGACGCGCGCUCGGCGUCCGAGUCGCGAUGGAGCGGCCGAAACCCGCGAGGGAGAGGACCCGCGAGAAGAAGUCCCCCGCCGCCGCGAGCGCGAGUAGCGGUGGGACGACGACCGCGACCGCGACCGCGACCGCGACCGGCGACGCCGAAGCGACCGCGACCGCGACGCGCGAGGCGGACGCGCCGUCGUCCUCGUCCGCUCCUCGCGCCGAGAAGAAGCGCCGCCGCGAGCGCGGUCGCCGCGGCUUCUUCGGCGACGCGCUCCACGGCGCGCUCGCGGCGUCGUUGGCGCCGGUGACGGGCGCGCUGGAGGUGACCGCGCACGCCGCGCGCGCGAUGCGCCGCGCGGGACGUUCGCGAGCGAUGCGCGCGGCGCGGGAGUGGUGGAAGCGCGCGCAGGGGGCGAUCGAGCGCGUGACGUCGUGGCGGGUCAGCGUCGGCGCCGCGGACGACAACGUCCGACGCGCCGUGGACUAGCCGCGGCGCCGUUCAUCGAUCGCGCGCGCCGGGGCGCCGGGCGAGCGAGCGGAGUCGGGGAGUUUACCAUUCUUUUGGUUUC